AUGUCGUACAUCUAUCGGGAGCGCGAGCGCUACGAAGACGACCGCCCUGUUAGUAUCAAGCGUUACGUCAUCCCCUCUGACGAGCGGGAAGACCGUCGAGAAUUCUCCAUGAGUCGAGACGACUACGGCGAUCGGGAGCUGGUCAUUCGUCGCAAAACCGAACGAGAGGAACCCUUAACUAUCUCGCGGUAUGAGCGCGAAGUUGACUACGAUCCGCCCGCCCGUCGCUUCGACCGUGAAUAUGAGAGAGACUACUAUGAUCAUCGAAGCUCCUUCGCCAGCCCCCGCGAGUCGGAUUAUGAUGUCGUUCGCCGGUCCGAUGUCGAGCAGGACCCUUACUACUACCGCCAUAGUGUCCGCGAGUAUGAUCGUCGUUCACGCCGUGAAAUAAGUCCUGGCGACUCUAUCUCACAGGCCAGUCGCCGUCGCCAUGACCGCGACCAGGACUACAGCAGUGAUGAUAGCAUUGUGUACAUCCAUAAAGAAACCCGCGACUAUAACGGCGAGCGACACCAUCACAAGCGCCAUCUGGCCGAAGGCGCUCUUGUCGGCGCCGGUGCUGCCGAGUUGAUCCGCAACCACCGAAAGCGUGAGGGCGAAGAAGUGAGCCACGGCAUGAGCCAUGCCAUAAAGACAGCCGGUGCUGGUGCGCUAGGCGCCGUGGCUGUCAACGCCGCGGGACACGUCCGCGACUACUAUCGCAGCAAGAGCCGCAGUCGCCACCGUUCACACUCUUUUGAUGAUGAACGUUCCUUCCGUCAUAGCCAUUCUAGCCGUGGCCGUCGUAGCCGCAGCCGGAGUCGCUCUCACUCCCAUUCACGGGCGAAGACUCUCAUGGAGCUUGGUCUCGGUGCCGCCGCUGUCGCGGCUGGUGUCGCAGCUCUACGCAGCAGCAAGUCCAAGGGUGACGAACGCCGCAGCCGCUCUCGCACUCGCUCCCGGUCUCAAUCUCGUGCUGGUCGCGGGCUGAGUCGAAGUCGGACUGACGUUGACGAUGCCCGGAGCCAAUCACAACGUCGAAAGCACAUGGCAGGUGCUGGUCUUGCCGGCGCAGCCGUUGCUGGUCUGGUCGAAAAGGUUCGCAGCCGCUCACGGGCUCGCAAGGGUGAGCCAUCACGCUCGCGCAGCCGACUGAGAAAGGCUCUUCCUUUGGUCGGCGCUGGCCUCGCCACUGCCGCUGCCACUGGAUUGUAUGAGAAAAAUAAGGAAAAUAAAGAGCACGACAAAGAGGCAGAGCUUGUGGCUGCUGAAACCCGCCGAUCGAGGUCUCGAAGCCGAAGCCGUGCACCCCCGGACGCAUACCCUGACCCAUCGCGCAACUCAGCAGGCCUUAUCGAGUACGGGAGGGACCCAGUAACCGGUAGCAUCCCUGCCGAGCACUACUAUGGUCAACCCGUGAGCCCUGGUGGCGCAUACUACUCUGACGGGGCUGACGCCUACGGCCCUCGCCGUCACAGCCGUUCACGAAGCCGCAGUCGUGGCGGUCGAUACAACGAUAGCUCCGAUAGUUCGGAUAAAGAACGUCGAAGCAAGAAGCAUCGAAGCCGCUCUCGCGAGCUGGCAUCUGCCGCUUUAGGUGCAACUGGCCUGGGUUAUGCUGCACACAAAUAUUCUCAGCACCGAGAGCGUAAGAAGGCGACUGACAAAGAACGCUCGAGGUCGAGAACUCGGUAUGAGGAUCAGCCCGUCCGCGAUCCUUAUGAGGAGGCCUAUGACCCGGAGCCCUACACCCCUUCUCCUCUAGCACCACCUCACCAGCAGCCGGUCGAUGCCAACUAUCCCCAUAACAACUACUUCCCCCCGCCUCCCGGAUCAACAACCAACCUCCAUGCAACUCCUCAGCCCUACAACCCUGCCGACUAUCCUCCUCCCCCCGGUGCCGCACCCCCUCCACAGCCCUACAGCUAUGGAGGCGUAGGCCCAAGCCCAGACCCGUACUCCGCGCGGCCACGGAGGGCCGACGAGAAUGUGAGUGCUCCAUUGAGCUCCACCACCCUCCCCACUGAUCAGGACCACGCCCGCGAUGGUCUAAACAGUUUCACCAAUUCCUAUCAGCCACAGUCAGUCCCGAGUCCUGGCAUGCAGCCGAACCCAUCUUCCAAAUCCGUGGCCUUCGACCUUAGCCCAGAUUCUCCGCGCCACCAGGAUCCAGGGUACGAAACCGACGACAGUGACUCGACAAUUGAUUCUUACCCGGCCCGUCCACGCCAUAAUCGUCGGCGAUCCUCCUCCGUUCCAUAUCCUCCAAUGCCCCAUCCACGUUCCAACCACCACCACCAUCGUCAUGCUGGAUCAGCUGCUUCUUCUGCCUCCCGCCAUCAGCAUUCAUCACACCUUUCCCAGGGUAAUCGCGCUCCUGAACAAGACUCUGACUCAACUGUCUCGACCAUCGAACUUCCAGACCGCUUUGACGAACAUGGCCGUCGUCUUCCUCAAAGGGGAGAUGACCCAGCCGCUGAUAAGAUUGAAGAAUUGAUAGAAAAGUUCGCAAGAGUCAUUUUCUAG